AUGUCUUGUUUGUUAAACCCUCACAAACCUCAGUAUGGUGGGGGUAUAAUCAUUAAUCCAGAGAUGAAUGAUGGAUUGAAAGGAUGGUCCGCAUAUGGUGAAGCAAAAAUACAACACAGACAAUCACAAGCCAACCAAUUCAUUGCGGCUUAUAGCCGAUAUCAACCUUAUGACAGUAUCUCUCAAAAGCUCUACUUACAAAAGGACAUGCUUUAUACUUUCUCCGCUUGGAUACAAGUGAGUGGUGGAAGUAAUAUCCAAAUAAGAGCAGUUUUUAAUACUAGUAAUGGCUUCAAACAUGUUGGUGCUACCAUUGCAGAAUCCGGUUGUUGGUCAAUGCUCAAAGGUGGCCUCACCGUAGAUGCCUCAGGCCCAGCCCACCUCUAUUUUGAGAGCAAGAACACAUCCGUUGAGAUCUGGGCUGAUAGUGUCUCACUACAACCAUUUACCAAAAACCAGUGGAGGGCUCAUCAAGAUCAAAGCAUUCACAAGAUUGGCAAGAGAAAUGUGAGAAUCCAGGCGGUGGAUUCACAAGGUAAUCCUCUAUCAAAUGCAACAAUCUCCAUCCAACAAAAUAGAUUAGGCUUCCCAUUUGGCUGUGCUAUAAACAAGAACAUCCUCACAAACACUGCCUACCAAAACUGGUUUACUUCAAGGUUCACAGUCACAACAUUUGAGGAUGAAAUGAAAUGGUACAGCACAGAAACCAGCCAGGGCAAGGUGGACUACUCAGUCUCCGACGCCAUGCUUCAGUUUGUCAAACAGUGCAAUAUUGCUGUCCGAGGCCACAACGUGUUCUGGGACGAUCCCAAAUACCAACCUUCAUGGAUCAAUUCACUCUCAAGAAGACAGCUCGCUUUGGCUGCUGCAAAUAGACUCUUCUCCAUUGUGCCCAGGUACAGAGGCCAACUUAUUUCAUGGGAUGUUAUGAAUGAGAAUUUGCAUUUUUCGUAUUUCGAGAGAAGAAUUGCUAGAAAUGCUUCGAAGAUAUUCUACAAAUGGGCUCAACAGGCUGAUGGAAAAACUACAUUGUUCAUGAAUGAUUUUAAUACCAUUGAGGAUCCAAAUGAUUAUGUAUCUUCCCCUGCUAGGUAUCUUCAGAAGCUGAGAGAGAUACAGAGUUCUGCUGGUAAUGAAAAUGGAAUACAGAUGGGGAUUGGGAUUGAGGGCCAUUUCUCUACUUCUAACCUUCCUUAUAUAAGAGCUUCUCUUGAUAUUCUUGCUGCUGCAAGAUUGCCCAUUUGGAUAACAGAAGUGGAUGUUCAGAGCAGCCCUAAUCAGGCAAUGUACUUGGAGCAGGUUUUGAGAGAGACAAGGUCUCACCCUGGGGUGAAUGGGAUUGUAAUGUGGGCAGCUUGGAGACCAGAAGGAUGUUAUAGUAUGUGUCUGACAGAUAACAAUUUCAACAACUUGAAGACUGGAGAUGUUGUUGACAAGCUGCUCCAUGAAUGGGGCUGGAAGGGCUUCAUUGCUGGGACAACUGACGCUAAUGGUUUCUUUGAGACCUCACUUUUCCAUGGAGAUUAUCAUGUGAAAAUCAAACACCCAGAUAUGAAAAAUUCCUCCUUGGAUCAUAUCCUAAUCAAUGUCUUUCCAACAACUACCGGGGCCAAGCAAACAGUGCCACAGCAACUCCAAGUUCUUGCUACUUGAGUAGAUACAGUACUAGUUUUGAUUUUGUCCUUGGCCUUGUGGUUUUGUUUCACUUGUAUCUAUUAGCUAGGUAGUUACAGUGAAGCAGGCGUGAAUUGUUUUUAAUUUCUUUUUAAUAAUUUAUGUGAAUAAUUAUUAUUAUUGUUCUUAAA